AUAACUUUUGACUACAACCUGUGAAUAUUUGCAACUCGAGUGCUUUGGAAUAUAAUUUAUUGGCUUGCAUUCUGCUCGGCUACGCUUUGCGGACUAUACUCUACUGGCAAUACCAGGCUUUUCAACAUUUGGAUUUUAAUAGUCCUUGAAGCGGAAAGCAAAGUACAUUAGAGGAAUAUCAAUUUCAAUCAAACCAAACAACUUGGCGUAAUACUGUUUCACCACCUCAAGCUCUCUUUCUUACAUUUUUCACUACUUGUGAUUGCCAUGGCAACUGCUCAUUAGAGGAAUAUAAUAUUUCAGACAACUCAUCGUUACUGAUAUAGAUGUUGUGAACACCAAGCUUUUAACGUUUCUAUUACUAUCGCCAUCUGCAAUCUGAUAUAGAUGUAGUAACACCAAGCUUUUAACAUUACUAUCGCCAUCUGCAAUCAGCAAGGGAGAUAGAGAGUACAUUAGAGAAUUUAAGUUCCCAGUAGAUCGGAUCUGAUCCUCGCGGGAGUGAUUUGAUCAUAUCUCCGCGGGAGUGAUUUGAUCAUAUCUUCAAGAUGAUUGAUAUCGAUGAGGCUAUGGCUCUGGAGACGGAGGUGGAGGAGAGUCAAGGGGAUAAGAAAAGAUUGGAGCCACUUAGAGUUCGAUCCUACUCAGAGUCCUACGUUAAAAAGAAAGCUUCCCCGUAAGGCCAGUGAUCCUAUAGGGACAAGGGAUUAUUACAAGGAAGAGGAGGAAGAUAUGACCUUUGUGAGGUUUAUGAAGAAUCACAAAUGUUAUGAGAUCAUCCCGACCAGCUCCAAACUAGUCGUCUUUGAUGCAGAGUUAUUGGUGAAGAAGGCUUUCUAUGCCUUGGUGUACAAUGGUGUCAGAGCAGCUCCACUAUGGGACAGCUCAAAGCAAGACUUUGUGGGUAUGCUGACAAUAACAGACUUCAUCAACAUCCUUCAGUACUAUUACAAAUCACCAUUGGUCAAGAUGGAUGAGUUAGAGGAACACAAGAUAGCGACAUGGAGAGAGGUGUUAAAAGAGAAAGCCAGACCGCUUGUGUGGAUCAAUCCAGAUCAAAGUUUGUUUGAAGCUGUUAAGAUGCUCAUCCAACAGAAGAUACAUAGGUUACCAGUCAUAGACAACGCUACCGGCAACGUUAUCUACAUCCUCACUCACAAGCGUAUACUCAAGUUCCUUGCUCUACUGCAAAAGACUGAAAUAAAGAGUCCCUCCUUCCUGAAGAAGACCCUCAAAGAACUCAACAUCGGGACGUACACCAACAUUGCCACAGCUCGACCCGACACACCUCUGAUAACAGCUCUCAACAUGUUCAUCAACAAGAGAGUAUCGGCCUUACCCAUCGUAGACGAGAACAACAAGAUUGUGGACAUCUAUGCCAAGUUUGAUGUCAUCAAUCUUGCUGCUGAGAAGACCUAUAACAACCUAGACAUCACCAUCCAGCAAGCGCUACAGUUCCGUCAGACAUACUUUGAAGGUGUGAGUACGUGCAAGGCUUCAGAGACAUUAGAAACCAUCAUGGAAAGGAUCAUCAAAGCUGGGGUCCAUAGGUUAGUUGUGACUGACGAUGAGAAGCAUGUGAUAGGCGUCAUCUCACUUUCAGACAUCCUUAAUAGUUUAGUGCUCAAACCAGCAGGUGUACCUAGUAGAAAGAGCAGCUCAUCAUCGUCAACACAAGGGUCGCCGCGGGUAUAGCAGGGUCACCAGCAGAGGGCAGUAUUUCCUACAAGUACUAGCAGUUGGGUAUCAGUUCUUAUGUUCCUCAGAGAUCGUACAAGGAGGGCUACGUGGUUUAGAAGAACCAUCAUGAGCACAAUAACAUACGGUUGCUUGAUGUAUCGGGUUCCAGGCCAUGGAUUGCCUGCUAGUGCAUCCUGCUGUAUUGGAGAUCAUGCAAAGUCAUCUCAUCGCCAAAGAUAUUCCCUGACUUAUUUUCUCUGUCAUUUUUUUCAUUGUCACCAAUGUCUUCAUGAUGUUAUAAAAAUAUUAUAUUUUUAUUUUAUUUGAGAAUUAUAGUAGAAUCACCACAGGCACACAGGGAUCAUAAAUAGAAAUAAUUUUCUUUGUGGUAUACAGUCAAUAGAGUUCUACAGAGCUUACACGUUUGCAAAGAGUUACAUGUACAUGUAUUAUAAUUGCACUUUUCAAAGUAAACCUUUUGGCAACAUUUAUAUCUUUUUGAGACAUGAGUCGAAUUAAAAGAUGCACGAGUGUUUGGGAAUUCCAAGCUCGUAGCAGAGUUAAACACAAAGAAAUUGCUUUAUUUGUGAUAUUCCACCUUGUGUUAGCUUUGGUCAGGCAUGUCAUUUGAGCAGCUCGCUAGAAAAGCUGAAGACAGGAAGAUAUGGAGAACCUGUGUCUCAAGGUCCAUUUCAUUGUAGCCUUAACGGCCUCCAACCAAGCUAUGGGACAUAGAUACCUGUAGCUAGAUUUGGUUAGUUAAUUUUGGUUGCUGGGCUAAAAUGUUUAAAGAGUUCACAAAUCACUCAUUAACCAAUUGAGUACUAGAUUAUCUAAUUCACAUAGGCUUAACACAGGGACGACCCGGUUCCAGUAAGCAAAGGGUUAAAAUCUUCCAGGAUGAAUCUGGAGUUUGGAUGAUUCAGUAAGAUCAGGUGGAAGGGAAUGACGGAAGUUGGAAGGACGGACGGACGGACGGACGGACAUUUCAAAUGUUGUCUCUCUAGGUCUUUUCUUAUAUGAUGCUGUAAACAUAUGGAUUGUAGGAAUCAAAAUGGGAAAAGUUGGUGGCCAGUAUACCACUUGUAUCUACUACAACUCGCUUUACUUACCUAUCUGUUAUCAUAGUUGCCAAUCUCCGAUUAGAAUUGCCCCAAUACCUGAGAUUAAGAAAGUUCUUUGAACCUUCAAAGAACUUUUUCAGCUACGGGGCGCAAUUCUAAUUGGCUUUAGAAUGGCAAUUAUGAAGUAGAUAGGUAAGUAAAGCCGACUCAUAGAUAAAAUGUUAGGUCACAAACAUACAGAUAUGCUUUAGAAAAGAGUUCUGUGACACAUCCAACAUUAUUCACCUAUGUGACAGUUUGGGUGUCUAAGUCAAGACGUAUACUGGCGGACUGAAGCUAGCUGCCAUUUUAAAAAACUUUAGUCUGCUUCAGUCUGUCAGCACAAAUCUAAGGAAGUUAUGUGGACUUACGAUACAAAAAUUGUCACACAGGUCGUUAAAUUGUAAUGUGUCUUGGAAUUCUUAUCUAAAUUAUUUAAACCAUCUUUUCUAAAUUAUUCAAACCAUCCUGAUCAAAUUGUUAGUCACUUGUAUAAGGUUCUGUAACACUGCUAUUCUUUCUCCUGUCUUGACAAUGUAAGUGUCCUUUCUGCAUGUGUUACACGGAAUCGAGAGUUAAUACUUUGAUAAUUUUUUAUCAAGCUUUUGAUUAUUUAUUUUGAUUACAUUGUGAUUUUCUACUGAAAUAUUGGAACAUGAAUUUAUGUUUGCUUUUGCAUGAUAUUCUUUUCCCUGAGAAAAAAAUGGAACAUAUCCCAUUUUCCUUGGAAAUUUGAAGAUCAAGCUCACAUAUUUUUCAAAGUGAUGCUCACAUAGUAGGAUAUGCAGAGUAAAGAGAAACACAUGGCAAGGAAUGGUUGUAUACUUUAAUAACUUCAUGCAUAGGGACUUGCUGGUAGAAUUUAUGAAACUGUACAUGUAACUAUAUCAUUAUAGAAGGAAUAUCUAAGUACUGAGAAUGUUCCUUUGAACUUUGUAGCAUUGAAAAUCUUUACAAAGGAAAGUCCUUUAUUUUAAGCUAUCAUCCCUAUAUGAUAUUGUUAGAAGUAUAUUUUUGAACCCCAAUCGAGUUCAAGAUUGUACAACAACUUGGAAAGGGCUUCAUGGUGUCAAUAUAUUCAGGACUUCCAGAUUUGUUCAAGUUAUUAAAACAAAUAUUUCCCCAACCACCAUCAUUAAAAAUUGUAUACCCAGUUACCUGUACUUUAUGAACAAAUGUUUGUUCAAUUUGUUUUUUCUUGACUUACUUUUUAUUUCUUGUGGUUUUAACAAACUUGGGAACCUAUGUGAAGACAAGUAUGUUUUCUUUGCAAUAAUUUUUAUUUUAACUCAUAUUUUGUGAAUGGACUAUGAUUGCAUGUAUACUUCAUUUUUUUUUCUUUUGGUGAUUUUUUGUUUGUUGCCAAAAACCUGUAUAAAUGUAAAUAGAAAGCAAAAUGAAAUAAUUUGUAGCAAAUUGUUUUUGAAAUAUUUAAUAUUGAUAUCACUAAUGAUCACUUUGAUUUGUUGCUUGUUAUCUCGUGGAUAUGAUUCAAGUGUGUUGUCAUUGUUAACAAAUGAACAUCACAACAAAAGUUCAAGUUUCUAGGAAGUUUGUUUCUUUUCCCCCUGUCUAAUUAGAUAAUUUGUAUACCUUUUCCUGUGUCUGAAUCAAGAAUUAUCUGAUUCAAAAAUUGUCUGAUUCAAGAAUAGUCAACAAUUAUUUUGGUAAGUGAGACCCAAAAUACUUGCUUCUACACAAUCUGUUAGGUUACAGAAGCCUACACACUCGAGGGUCCCAUUUUAUGAAACAUGUACCAGCUACAAAUAACAUUGAGACACAAGCAACUGAAAUCAGUUUAUUAGAUUGACUGUGAGUAAAAAAUUUAAAUCCAGAUAUAGACAAAUGUAGACAAAGUAAGGUCUAGACUACAGGAAUUGAACCAUGAGGUCUUUGAUUUCGAGAUAUAACAAAUCACAGACAAUAAGGUUGUCAUACACAAUAUUGAUUCAGCUAUAAUGCAUCAUUUCUAAUUUAUACCUUGCAUAUAGUCAACCAAUGUUCAUUUGUGGAAUAGGCAUUCUUACAGCUUUAGACCUGGGCCCCAUUUCACAAACCUUCUCAUCAGUGACAAAUCAUUUUUUUUUUUUUAUAAGCUAGCGAAAUCCUUGCUUCUGAUUGGUUAUCAGCAGAUUUGUCACUGAUUUUUGUUAUUUGUCCUUGAAAAACAGGCUUUGUGAAACAGGUCCCUGUUGUUGACCAUAGUAACCUAACACAUUUCAGUCCUUAACAUUCACUUUGAUCGGUCUUAAAUUAUCUGCUAUGUAUACUUCUUUCUUUGUUUUUCCCCCUCAUAUCAAAAGGCUAAGAGACAAAUUAUUGAAAAUCGACCAGAGGUGUGUUUGCACUUUUCUGCUGACCACUCAAAAUAAUUUUUAGUUUCUUGUUUUAUCAAAAAAUAUUUGGUAUUUUAUUGACAGUCCGACUUUGAGCCAAGGGAAGGGGGGGGGGGUAUUUUCAUUAUUAUUGUGGAGUUUGUAUGUGUGUGCAUAUCAACAUCCCACCAUUGUAUGUUACACACUUUCUUUAAAAUCAGGGCCUUGUUACAUGAAACUUACCACUGAAGGUAACUUUGCCAUCAAUAUUAACUCAUGAUAAUAUCACUCACCAGCCAAUCAAAUCAGAUUGUAAGUUUUAUGCAACGGGCCACGGAUGUAGAGAAUUGAUAAGUUUAAUUACGGAUGUUGAAUAGUUACAAAUCAAUUCAAUGUUUCAUACUUCCAAAGGACAGGGGCAGACUGGGACUAGAAUUUGUGUGGGUAACUUUGAUGGCCAAAUCUUCUUCAUGAUAUUAAUAUCAGUUGACCUUUAGACCACAAAUCGACCAAUCUCAAUAUGAAUUAUUGAGCGGCUUCAGGGGGGGGGGGGGGGGGGAACUCCCCAAACUUCUAUGGCCAGUCUCACCCCGUCAAAUGGUAUAGAGAUCAUUCAUAAUUGGAUGUGCACUGUAUAUGCACUGUAUGAUAGAAAUAGUGUAUAUCAUACUGUUUUAAUGUCACAACUGGUCUUCUUGAAGUCCAAUGGUAUUGUUUUAGCGACAAAAUAAUUAAACUUUGCAGAGCAAACGAUACAUUUUUCUUUGUACCUGCUCUAUAAGGUGCUAUACCAAAGUCUUUGUAUAAUUGAACUGGAUUAUUUUGGCAAUUGGGUUGAUAGUUGGUCGAUUAUUCUAAAUAUCACUGAAGAUGAUAUCUUGGAAAAUUUGAUUGCAGAUCUAUGGUUUUAUCAAUCUCUUUCUUAGUCCAUGGAUAUUUAAACAAUGUUGGUUAACCUUGUGACUCAAUUAAUGUUAUUAAAGUACACAUGCUUCUUUGUAAUUCUAAAAUCAUGUUUUUUGUUGUUCAACAUGGUUACCCCCUUUGUUUGUAUUGCUGUUACCCCUAACAGAGAGGUGGUAUCGUUCUUAGCAGUGUACUUUUAAAAGUGUUUAUUAUUGAAAUAUGAAAUAAAAUAUUGAAUUUAUCAUACAUGA